CAGGUUAACAUCUAUGAACUGAGCCCUCCUGGAGAUUCUUCUUCUCUCUGUUGGAUUAUAACUUUGCAGAGGAUUUUGUUUGUUAUUUUUUGUUUUUGCUUUAAACUUUGAGACAACAUCUGGAGUACAACAAACGUUGGAUCUAUGCCAACCCUACGCGGGACUCGAACACAGCAGUGAAGUUGAAGAGGAGGAAUGUAUCGUUUCUUUGUGAAACUGACAUUUCUGAUUUCUGCCAUUGUCAUCUCACAAGGUCUAAAGUGCUCGGCACCAACUGAAUCAUGCCUGAAUGGAGGAAGAUGUGAAGGUUCACCGAGUGGAAAUGGAGAAUGCAAGUGUCCAAGCGAUUAUGUGGGCAGUCGGUGCCAGUACCCAAGUCCCUGCAACCCCUCGCCUUGUCGCAACGGUGGUGAAUGCCAUGCAGUUCUUCAUGCCAACACGUUUGAUUUCCAUUGCGUGUGCCGUCUUGGAUUCACUGACCGCCUUUGCCUGACACCAACCAACCAUGCCUGCAUGAGCUCCCCCUGUCGUAAUGGCGGGACAUGCGAGCUCAUCACCCUUACUGCCUACCGCUGUCGCUGCCCACCUGGGUGGUCAGGUAAAGCUUGCCAGAUUGCCAACCCAUGUGCUUCCAAUCCAUGUGCAAACGGUGGCCAGUGCUCAGUCUUUGAAUCCCACUAUAUCUGCACCUGCCCAUCUGCCUUUCAUGGACAAAACUGCAAGCAAGAUGUCAACGAGUGUGCUCAGAUUCCCUCUCCCUGUCGCAGCGGUGGAGUGUGUGUGAAUGAGGUUGGGUCUUACCAUUGCCGCUGUCCUCAGGAUUACACUGGUCAGCACUGUGAGACGCCUUACCUACCAUGCAGCCCCUCGCCUUGCCAGAACGGAGGUACCUGUGUACAGAAGGGAGACACCACCUAUGACUGUAGCUGCCUGCCAGGUUUCACGGGUCAGCACUGUGAGCACAACAUUGACGACUGCCCGGGCCACAGCUGUCAGAACGGUGGCGUGUGUGUGGACGGAGUGAACACCUACAAUUGCCAAUGUCCACCUCAUUACACAGGCCAAUACUGCACAGAAAAUGUUGAUGAAUGUGAGCUGAUGCCCAAUGCAUGUCAGAAUGGAGGAACUUGCCAUGAUACUCAUGGCAGUUAUCACUGCGUCUGCGUCAACGGGUGGACAGGCGACGACUGUAGUGAGAACAUUGACGACUGUGCCAGUGCAGCUUGUUACUCUGGUGCAACUUGCCAUGACCGUGUAGCUUCCUUCUUCUGCGAGUGCCCACAUGGGCGCACAGGUUUGCUGUGCCACCUUGAUGAUGCCUGCAUCAGUAACCCAUGUCAAAAGGGUUCCAACUGUGACACCAAUCCCGUUAAUGGCAAAGCUAUCUGCACUUGCCCGCCAGGUUACACUGGGUCAGCGUGCAACCUAGAUAUUGAUGAGUGUUCCCUCGGUGCCAACCCUUGUGAACAUGGUGGUCGCUGCCUCAACACCAAAGGCUCUUUCCAGUGCAAGUGUCUCCAAGGAUACGAAGGUCCUCGAUGUGAAAUGGACAUCAAUGAAUGCAUGUCAAAUCCCUGCCAGAAUGAUGCCACCUGCCUGGAUCAGAUUGGAGGAUUCCACUGUAUCUGUAUGCCAGGAUAUGAGGGUGUGUUCUGCCACAUCAACACAGAUGAGUGUGCCAGCCAGCCUUGUUUCAACAACGGCAAAUGCAUUGACAAGAUCAACUCAUUUCACUGCGACUGUCCCAAAGGUUUUUCAGGGAGUCUGUGUCAGGUAGACAUUGAUGAAUGUGCAAGCACGCCCUGCAAGAAUGGAGCCAAGUGCACAGAUGGUCCUAACAAGUAUACCUGUGAAUGUGCUGAAGGAUACACAGGGCAGCACUGUGAGACUGACAUCAACGAGUGCUACUCUGACCCCUGUCACUAUGGCACCUGUAAGGAUGGCCUGGCCUCCUUCACUUGCUACUGCCGCCCUGGCUACACCGGCCGCCUGUGUGAGACCAACAUCAACGAGUGUCUAAGCCAGCCAUGCAAAAAUGGUGGCACCUGCCAGGACAGGGAGAACUCAUACAUAUGUGCCUGUCCUAAGGGCACUGCAGGUCUAAACUGUGAGGUGAACCUGGACGACUGCAAGAACAAGCCUUGUGACUACGGGCGGUGCAUCGACAAAAUCAAUGGCUAUGAGUGUGCAUGUGAACCAGGCUAUACAGGAGCAAUGUGUAACAUCAACAUCGACGACUGUGCGAUCAACCCCUGUCACAACGGGGGCACAUGCAUUGACGGCAUCAACAGCUUCACCUGCCUGUGCCCGGAGGGAUACAACGAUGCCACCUGUUUGUCUCAGGUGGAUGAGUGCAGCAGCAAUCCUUGCAUCCAUGGCCGAUGCCAGGACCUCAUCAAUGGCUAUAAAUGCACCUGUGACUCCGGCUGGAGCAGCCCGAACUGUGACUUCAACAACAACGAGUGUGAAUCCAACCCCUGUAUGAAUGGUGGAACCUGCAAGGACAUGACUAGCGGAUACCACUGCACAUGCAGAGCCGGCUUCACUGGACCUAACUGUCAAACUAACAUCAACGAGUGUGCUUCCAACCCCUGCCUCAACCAGGGGACCUGCAUUGACGAUGUGGCUGGAUACAAAUGCAACUGCUUACUGCCUUAUACUGGUGACAACUGUGAGACCUUGCUGGCCCCGUGCAACCCCAGGCCGUGCAAAAAUGGCGGCGUGUGUAAGGAGUCUGAAGACUACCAGAGCUUCUCCUGCAUAUGUCCUGAAGGAUGGCAAGGUCAAACAUGUGAGAUUGACAUCAAUGAAUGUGUGAAGAGCCCAUGCCGCAAUGGCGCUGUUUGCCAUAACACUAUGGGUAGUUUCCAGUGCAAGUGUCAGCCAGGUUAUUCUGGCCAGAAUUGUGAGACAGACAUUGAUGACUGCAAACCAAAUCCCUGCAGUAAUGGUGGCCUGUGCCGAGACGGCGUCAACACAUUCGUCUGUACCUGUCCGCCAGGUUUUCGUGGUGGCAGGUGUGAGAAAGACAUAAAUGAGUGUGAGAGUAACCCCUGUAGGAACGGGGCCAACUGCACUGAUUUUGUCAACAGCUACACUUGCACCUGCCCGCUUGGCUUCAGUGGCAUCAACUGUGAGGUCAACACCAAUGACUGCACUGACAGCUCUUGCUUCAAUGGUGGCACCUGCGUGGAUGGAAUCAAUGCCUUCACCUGCUUGUGUUUAUCCGGAUUCACCGGUAGCUACUGCCAGUAUGAUAUUAACGAGUGCGACUCCAAACCCUGCCUCAAUGGAGGCACUUGUCUUGACAGUUACGGGACGUACAAGUGCACCUGCCCCCACGGCUACACAGGAGUUAAUUGUCAGAAUCUGGUGCGCUGGUGUGACUCAUCCCCGUGUAAAAAUGGAGGGUCAUGUUGGCAGCAGGGAGCAUCUUAUACCUGCCAGUGUCAGACUGGUUGGACUGGCCUCUACUGUGACAUUCCCAGUGUAUCCUGUGAGGUAGCAGCCAAACAGCAAGGUGUGGAGGUGGCUCGACUGUGUAGGAACUCAGGCCAGUGUCUGGAUGCUGGAAACACACACUACUGUCGCUGCCAGGCAGGAUAUACCGGCAGUUACUGCCAGGAGCAAGUGGACGAGUGCUCACCCAAUCCAUGCCAAAAUGGAGCCACAUGCACAGAUUAUCUGGGAGGCUAUAGCUGUGAGUGUGUACCUGGUUACCAUGGUGUAAACUGCUCUAAAGAAAUCAAUGAAUGUCAGUCACAGCCGUGUCAGAAUGGUGGUACCUGCAUCGACCUCAUCAACACGUACAAAUGCUCGUGUCCCAGAGGAACGCAAGGGGUACACUGUGAGAUUAAUUUGGACGACUGCUACCCCUCCAGCGAUCCUUUGACCAACGAGCCCAAGUGCUUCAACAAUGGCAAGUGUGUGGAUCGCAUUGGAGGCUACCACUGCCUCUGUCCGCUGGGCUAUGUAGGCGAGCGGUGUGAGGGUGACGUCAACGAGUGUUUGUCCGACCCCUGUGACCCCAGAGGCUCUUACAACUGCAUCCAACUUACCAACAGCUACCGGUGUGAAUGCCGCACUGGAUAUACAGGUCAGAGGUGCGAUAAGGUGUUUGACGGCUGUAAAGGGAGACCCUGCAGAAAUGGAGGGACAUGUGCCGUCGCCAGUAACACGCCUCAUGGUUUCAUCUGCAAAUGCCCACCAGGUUUCACUGGCUCAUCCUGCGAGUAUGAUUCCCGCUCCUGUGGCAGUCUGAAUUGUAGAAACGGGGGUACAUGUGUGUCAGGCCCUCUCAGCCCACGCUGUCUGUGUCCACCAGCCUUCACUGGGCCCGAAUGCCAGACUCCCACCGACAGCCUCUGCAUCUCAAACCCCUGCUACAAUGGCGGCACUUGCCAGGUCACACCAGAAGCCCCUUUCUUCCACUGCAGCUGCCCAAGCAAUUUCAACGGCCUACUGUGCCACAUCCUGGACUACUCUUUCACCGGAGGCUUUGGCCGUGAUAUUACGCCACCUCCGGAAGUGGAAGUCAGCUGUGAGAUUCCUCAGUGUGAUGAGUGGGCAGGGAACCAUAUCUGUGAUUCGCUGUGCAACCACCACGCCUGUGGCUGGGAUGGUGGGGACUGCUCCCUCAACUUUGAUGAUCCAUGGCAAAACUGCUCUGCAGCUUUGCAGUGUUGGAGAUACUUUAAUGAUGGGAAGUGUGACGGGCAGUGCAACAGCCCUGGUUGUCUCUAUGAUGGCUUUGAUUGCCAGGGUCAAGAAGGCCAAUGCAACCCGCUGUAUGACCAGUACUGUAAAGACCACUAUGCUGAUGGUCACUGUGACCAGGGAUGCAACAAUGCAGAAUGUGAAUGGGAUGGCCUGGACUGUGCCAACAAUAUGCCAGAGAAGCUGGCAGAUGGUCACUUAGUUCUAGUUGUCCAUAUACCUCCAGAACAACUUAAAAACCGCUCUUCAUCCUUCCUCAGAGAGCUCAGCAGUGUUCUCCACACCAAUGUAGUAUUCCGACGAGAUGUCAAAGGAGAACCGAUGAUUUUCCCUUACUAUGGCAAUGAGCUGGAACUGGUGAAACAUAAUGUGCUGAAGCGUUCUGUCGAAGGCUGGCCCAAUUGGGCUGCGGUGCCUGCUAAUGUUUUGGGCCAAAUGAAGGAUAGUGUGUCUACCAUGGUUAGCCCACGCAAGCGAAGAGAGCUGGACCCUGUGCAAGUCAAAGGUUCUGUGGUGUACCUUGAGAUUGACAACCGACAGUGUUACCAGCAGUCUACAGAAUGCUUCCAGAGUGCCACAGAUGUUGCUGCAUUCCUGGGAGCGCUGGCCUCCAGUGGAAAUCUCAACGUUCCUUAUAUUGAGGCAGUUACCAGUGUAAGACCUACCCCUACAGGUUCGGAGCUCUAUCCCAUGUACAUAGUCUUUCUGGGGUUGGCUGCCUUGGGUUUCAUCUGCCUUGGUGUACUGGUGUCCCGUAAACGUCGGCGUGAGCAUGGCCAGCUCUGGUUUCCUGAGGGAUUCAAAGUGUCAGAACCCAGUAAAAAGAAACGCAGAGAGCCAGUUGGAGAGGAUUCUGUUGGAUUGAAGCCCAUGAAAAACGUUGACGAUCUUAUGGAUGACAAUCAGAAUGAAUGGGGCGAUGAGGAUCCAGACUGCAGGCACUUUAGGUUUGAGGAGCAGGCCAUGUUGGAUUUAAGUGACCAUACUGACCAGAGGAAGUGGACACAGCAACACCUUGAUGCAGCUGACCUCCGUAUCCCAUCUAUUGCUCCAACUCCUCCCCAGGGAGAGAUAGAAAAUGACUGCAUGGAUGUAAAUGUUAGAGGACCAGAUGGUUUCACUCCCCUGAUGAUUGCCUCCUGUAGUGGUGGAGGGUUGGAAAAUGGCAACAGUGAGGAAGAAGAAGAUCCAUCAGCAGAAAUCAUCUCUGAUUUCAUUUACCAGGGCGCUAACCUCCACAAUCAGACUGACCGAACAGGUGAGACCGCUCUCCACCUGGCUGCUCGUUACGCCCGCUCAGAUGCUGCUAAACGCCUUUUGGAGUCAAGCGCUGACGCCAAUGUACAGGACAACAUGGGUCGCACUCCGCUCCAUGCUGCUGUGGCUGCGGAUGCACAGGGCGUGUUCCAGAUUUUAAUUCGAAACCGUGCCACUGAUCUUGAUGCCCGCAUGCAUGAUGGAACAACGCCACUGAUUCUGGCAGCCCGAUUAGCAGUUGAGGGCAUGGUGGAAGAGCUUAUCAACUGUCAUGCCGAUGCCAAUGCCACUGAUGACUCUGGUAAAUCAGCACUUCACUGGGCUGCAGCUGUAAACAACGUAGAAGCUGCCAUGGUGUUGCUGAAGAACGGCGCCAAUAAAGACAUGCAAGACAACAAGGAGGAGACGCCGCUAUUCCUUGCAGCUCGUGAAGGCAGCUAUGAAACAGCCAAGGUUCUGUUGGAGAACUUUGCCAAUCGGGAGAUCACUGACCAUCUCGACCAGCUGCCCAGAGAUAUCGCCCAGGAGCGCAUGCACCACGACAUUGUCCGCUUGCUGGAUGAGUAUAAUGUGGUUAGAAGCCCUGGACUUCACAAUGCCCCCCUGAACACCUCUAGUCUCUCUCCACCUCUCUGUUCUCCAAAUGACUACCUUAGCAAUCUCAAACCCAAUCUCUCUGUUAAGAAGGUUCGAAAAGGUGGAAAGGAAGGGAGCAAGGAAAAUAAAGUGAAGAAGAAAAAGUCAGUGGAUGGGAAGGGUAAUUUGCUGGACACAUCAGCCGUACUCUCCCCAGUUGAUUCCCUCGAGUCACCCCAUGGCUAUCUGUCUGAUGUGGCAUCACCUCCUAUGACAUCACCCUUCCAGCAGUCCUCGCCCAUGUCUCUCAAUCACCUACAGGGCAAAGGAGACUCUCAUAUGGGCCAGAUCAGCAUGGGCAAGGAUAUGGGCCGUUUGUCCUUUGACCCUAACCCACCUCGUCUCAGCCACCUACCUGUGUCCACCUCUGGAAAUCAGGGCACAACAUCCAUAAGUGGUCCUGGGGGCAGAGGAGGCCAGUGCGACUGGCUCUCGAGUAUACACCCAAGUGUUGGGCAGCAAGGAAGCUUCACUCAAGCCACGCCCAUGUCCCACAGCAUGAUGGGCGGUCUGCAUGGCAUCAGCACUGCCACUUUGUCACAGAUCAUGGGCUAUCAAGGUCUGCAAACCAGCCACCUUGGCUCCUCUCCACAUAUGAUUCAACAGCAGCAGCAGCAGCAGGCUCAUGCCCGGCAGCUCCAGCACCAAAACUCCAGCUCCUCCGCCGCUGCAGGGCAGCCCCUCAACCAGACCUUCCGCAGUGUCGAGCUGAAUGGCUCGGAAAUGCAGCAAAACAACAGCACCGGCCUCUCGAUGCCAAUCCACACGGUUAUGCCUCAGGAGACACAGAUCCUCGGCGCCCAGUUCCUCACCCCGCCUUCCCAGCACAGCUAUUCAGGCCCCAUGGACAACACACCCAACCACCAGCUACAGGUUCCCGAACACCCUUUUCUGACCCCCUCCCCCGGGUCUCCCGACCAGUGGUCCAGCUCGUCCCCACAUUCCAACAUGUCUGAUUGGUCGGAAGGAAUCUCCAGUCCCCCUACGAGUAUUCACUCUCAGAUGAAUCUCAUCCCAGACCAGUUUAAGUAGAGACUUGUCAAAUAAUGUUUGUUGGAAGAUGAUCCUUUUUGCUAUCAGUUUUACACUAACAAUGAGAACAGUUUAGUAAUUUUGUAUUUAUUUAUGUGCUUUUCUUAAAAUAUAAAGAAGAUACAUUUAUAUUUAUGCUUUGCAAUUCUUUUGUUGUGUAUGGGAAGAUUAGAAACACUUUAAAAGGAGGCUCCUACAUGUGUACACUGGCUAUUUAUUUGUGACUUGUGUUGCUAUACUCACUGGAUUUAUUUUAUUUUUUAUUUUUAUUUUUGGUGCAUCAAUCUUUUCAAAUUGUAUUUUGGGAUUUGUAUUAUGUUUGUACAAAGACUUUUCUUUUUACUUUUUUAAUAGAUUAUUUUUUAAAAUUUUCAGUAUUGAACUUUUUUUGUUUUUCUUUUUAACUCGCACACGUUUUGUUACUGACCUACAUUACACUAAGUCUUAUCACUGAGUCUGUGUUAGAAGAUGGUUAAAUUAGGAGAUGAAAAAAUAUUGUAUUCCCAAAGUAUCACCUUUCAUUAUGUUAUCUGAUACACU